AUGUCGCCGCGCCGCAAGGCGCCGCCCCUCAUCAUGCCCGAGAUCUCCGUCACCGUCCACCCGCCGUCGCCUGUCGACCGCGCUUCUGUGCCGGCUCUGCGGCCGCCGAAAGCUGGCCCCCCGCCCGCCGUGCGCGACCUGCGCGCCGAGAUCGAGGGGGCCACGGGGGUGCUGAAUCGCAACUCGCGGCUACUGCAGAACACUACCACGCCAGUAUACUGGGAGGACGAGGAACGCGCGCGGCAGAUGAAGGCCGACAGUAUCAAGCGUCGCGAGAGAUUCAGGAAAUUCAAGGUGCGGACGAAGGAGGGGGAAGGAAGCUCACGCCAGAUCCCACUCAUCAUUGCUAUUGCGGUCCUCGUCGGCGGGGGCAUCGCUGGCAUCAUCUUCGGUGAGCUCGACAACCCGGUCCGGUAG